CCGGCGGCGUCCUCUGCGGUGGCGCUCCGGAGCGGUCGACGGGCGGUCAGGACCCUCCCCGCGCCGGACCGCGUCCGGGUCCCCGCCCCGGGGGCGGACCUGCCGCCUGGAAAGGGAUGCGCCUGAGGCGCGCCCCUGUCGGGUCCUCCGCUGAGGGCGCCGGAGAGCGGGGCCCAGGACGCACGUCUGCCGGGCCGCGUCCAGUCUCUGAGUUCACCGACGACGUGCGAGCCUGAAGUCGUGUUGGUGACACCGUCCGCGCUGUCGGAAGAAGCCGAAGGACCCUACCGACUGGUGGACUGGACUCCCGCCUCGCCUGCACUGCAUUGCGGGCCCUGGGAUCUCCUGCCUGUGGCUCUAGGCACCGCCUGUGGUACCAGUAAAUGAUGUAACAUUUACGAAUUACUGAAGAUUUUCAAGUGGAUGAGACUAAAGUGACUUUCAUACGACAGUGAAUUAAGGCAUCGGAAAUACUUCUAAGAAGAUUUAUUGGAGAGAGAGUGCUGAAAAUGUGUGUGUAAAACGCAAGCUGACAUUGGCGGAGGCCUUCGGACCGUGUGGCCCUGUCCGCUAAAACUGGACCAUGAGGGUGCUGGAGGAAAAUUACUUGUGGGUGCUGCUUGCGCUGCUCUGUGUGGUGGCCAGCGCUGCGGAGCAUGAACAGGUGGCGAAGCACGCCAUCAAGUUACACCGAGGCCGCGGAGCCGCCGGCGCGCAGCGGAAGCAGUGGGUCCUGGACGGUUGCCGGAAGCUCUCCGGGCUUCUUCGCCAAAAGACUGUGGUUCUUAACAAACUGAAAAGUGCGAUCAGAGCGGUGGAGAAAGACAGCAGCCUGUCCGAUGAAGAGAAGCUGUUUCAGGUGCACACAUUCGAAAUUUUCCAAAAAGAGCUGAACGAAAGCGAAAACUCAGUGUUCCAGGCGAUCCACGGCCUCCAGAGAGCCCUGCAGGGGGACUACAGGGACGUCGUGAACAUGAAGGAGAGCAGCAGGCAGCGCCUGGAGGCCCUGCGAGAGGCUGCGAUCAAGGAGGAGACAGAAUAUGUGGAACUUCUGGCAGCGGAAAAACAUCAGGUCGAAGCUCUCAAAAGCAUGCAGCACCAGAACAGAAGCUUAUCCAUACUCGACGAAAUUCUUGAGGAUGUGAGAAAGGCAGCCGAUCGCCUCGAGGAGGAAAUAGAAGAACACGCUUUCGAUGACAACAAGUCCGUGAAAGGGGUCAAUUUUGAGGCAGUCCUCAGAGUAGAGGAAGAAGAGGCCAAUUCCAAGCAGAACCUCACAAAGCGGGACGUGGAGGAUGAUUUGGGUCUCAGCAUGCUGAUCGACUCCCAGAACAACCGGUACAUCCUGACCAAACCCAGAGACGCCACCAUUCCACGCGCAGAUCACCACUUUCUAAAGGACAUCGUUACCAUAGGAAUGCUGUCUCUGCCUUGUGGCUGGCUGUGCACAGCAAUAGGACUGCCUACGAUGUUCGGUUAUAUUAUCUGUGGCGUACUUCUGGGGCCUUCGGGGCUGAACACUAUUAAGUCUGUUGUGCAGGUGGAGACCUUGGGAGAGGUCGGUGUGUUCUUCACUCUGUUCCUCGUUGGCCUGGAGUUCUCCCCGGAAAGGCUGAGAAAGGUGUGGAAGAUAGCUUUCCAGGGACCGUGUUACAUGACGCUGUUGAUGAUCGCGUUCGGCCUGUUAUGGGGACACCUGCUGCAGAUCAGACCCACCCAGAGCAUCUUCAUCUCUACUUGCUUGUCCUUGUCCAGCACACCGCUGGUGUCCAGAUUCCUCGUGGGCAGCGGCCGGGGCGAGAAAGAAGGUGACGUCGACUAUGGCGCGGUGCUGCUCGGGAUGCUCGUGGUGCAGGACGUGCAGCUGGGGCUGCUCAUCGCCGGCAUGCCCACCCUCAUCCAGGCCGGAGCCGGCUCCCACUCCAGCGCUGUCAUGGAGACUCUGCGGAUCCUGGCUUUGGUCGGCCAGAGCCUCUUCUCGCUGGCUGCCGCCUUCCUUCUGUGUCUUGUUGUAAAGACUUACCUCAUUGGACCAUAUUAUCGGAAACUGCAUGUGGAAGGCAAAGGGAACAAAGAAAUCCUUAUCUUAGGAAUCUCUGCUUUCAUCUUUUUAAUGUUAAUGGUCACGGAGCUGCUGGACGUCUCCAUGGAGCUGGGCUGCUUCCUGGCCGGCGCGCUCAUCUCUUCCCAAGGCCACAUGGUCACCGAGGAGGUCGUGGCUUACAUUGAGCCCAUCCGUGACUUCCUGGUUAUCAUCUUCUUCGCGUCCAUAGGCCUGCACGUGUUCCCCACCUUCGUGGUGUACGAGCUCACCGUCCUGAUGGUCCUCACGCUGUCGGUGGUGAUCGUGAAGUUUGCCCUGGCAGCUCUGGUCUUGUCUCUCCUCCUGCCGAAGAGCAGUCAGUACGUCAAGUGGAUCGUGGCCGCGGGGCUGGCGCAGGUCAGUGAGCUCUCCUUCGUGCUGGGGAGCAGAGCGCGCAGAGCGGGCAUCAUUUCUCGGGAGGUGAGUCUGCUCCCCGUUCUGUGUGUGUUUGGGGAGCCCCGGCCCACACACCCCACCCUGGUGUCUGAGCACCCUGCCCGCCACUGGCGUGGGGCCGGCGUACCGCCUCUGCCCUGGCGUGGAGGGCUGACUCGUUGUGGCCGCUGCCCCGGCCCCGUGGUAUCUCUGGCGAAAAGAGAAACACCGAGUCUGAAAGCUCCCCGCUAGCUCCUGCAUGGCCGUCAGCCCAGCCAAGAGCCCCGGCCUUCCCGGGACCACGUCGGAGAACUCGGGUCCGAACCUGGAGACUGCUGAAAAGGCAGACCUAGAACGCUGUUACGCGAAAGUCCCUGGUUUGUUUUGGGUUUUUUCACAAAAUACGACGCAACACUUGCCUCUGUCAAAGGGUUUGGGUUGCUGUGAGAGGUGCUUCUGAAGACACCGUGUCUCCAAGUUUUAGAGAGUUGGAAUGAAAACUUCAAUAGAAAUGAUGAGAAACUUCCUAUGUAUAAAAUACUCGGAGGUUUUUCCUAUGUAUCAAUAUAUCCCAAAGCUUGGGGUGUCUUUGAUCAGCUCCCUCCUUCCCCCACCACAGUUUGAAGUGUGCAGGGCGCUGAGCCCCCUCGUGGUGCCUGGAAGGCGAGCCCCCCACCCCCCAUUUGCCUCCUUCCCCCUUGUCUCUGGUCCGUUCCUCCUGGGCCUGGCCUUCUCGCCGGCCGGCUGGGCGCACGCCCACCUGCUGCGGUGCACUUGCCUUGUCGUCCUCUCCAGUCUCGUUCAUUUGCCCUUGGAAAACUGGCCGUGAGUUAGAACUUGAUAAAUACCGUCUGAUGACCCCAGGUUGUCACUUUAAAUUUGGCAAGCAGGACGUUUGUGCUUGGCUGGGGCCUGUGGGCUGUGGCCCCCACCCCAGGGUCAGUGGGUCACAGUCUGCCGUCCACCGUGGUAAGAGUGAACGUCCUUUAGAGCAGGGCCCGCGUGAGCCCCGAGUGAUCUGAGGACCGGUGACGCCGCUGUUCCGGUGGAAGCAGGGUGCACGUUGAAGGGAUUCUGCCGUAGAUGAAUGGAUGAGUGUCGGGUCACGGUGUAGGAGCAGCCAGGAGACCGCACACGCUUCCCCCACGCGCUCGGAACCAUGGGGACCCGUUCACCAGGCCCACGGUUCUAGCUGAGGGAUGGGCCACUCUCAGAUUGGGGAUUGUGGACGUCCAGGCUCACGGAUGGCAGCUCCUACUCAGUAGUUCACUCAAACCUUGCAGGACCCCAGCCCCCUACUGCACCUGACUUUAGUUUUGCCCUUUCUGUGCACACCUGUGUGAGCCUGUCGGGUGGGGCCUUGAACCGGGGCGGGCGUUUGCCUGCCGCCCCCUUACAGCGAGCCUACUUCCCGUGGGCACCCUGUUGCCCCUGAGCCCCCCCCUUCCCCCCGCCACCAGCUGCCUCCAGUAGCUGACUCUGCACACCCGCGCCCUGAUUUAGGCCAAAGGAGUACAAAAGCUCCUCCGGGUGCCUGGGACGCGCUGUAAGUGUUCAGACCUCCAUGCUUGUCCCCUUGUCCCCACGCGUGUCAGGGAGAUGGGAUGGGGCUUGGUUUUGAAGAAGCAAGGGCUGAGGAACAACAUCCGCGCCCGGGCUCUGUCCUAGACCUGCCCAGAGGCCGCGUGCUCACUUCGCUGGCGGCCUGAGCCCGUGGGCUCCGUUCCCCAUCAGCGCACUAGGGCUCCCUGCUGCUCCGUCCACGUGUGCACGCGGCCCUGGCUCUGUGGGGUGUGCGGGGCACCUCCUAGUCCUGCGCGUGGCCGCCGACAGCCUUGCCUUUUGUAGGUGUACCUUCUCGUCCUGAGCGUGACCACACUCAGCCUCUUGCUGGCCCCGGUGCUGUGGCGAGCCGC